AUGGAAGAACACAGGGCAAAGCCACUCGCCCCCUUUUGCGCAAUUUGCCACCAUUCUCUUAAGUUUGUUUGGUUCAGGGCAAAGAGCAUCUUUAACUUCUACUUCCCCAUCGGACUUGACACAGACAUGGGCGUAGCCUCAGGAUCAUCAGCACCGGCGCCAGCAUCGGCUGCGGCUUCAUUGUCGUCGUCUCGCAGACAGGCCCGAGAUGCAGGCUCAAGCAGAAGCAACAGGAACAACAGCACAAUCAACUAUGCCAAUGCCGACAUAGCCGCGGAAACAGAGGCCAGCUCCUCACAAUUACCAACAGAGACACAACCCAAACCCCUCGAGUUUCCUCGGACUUUGGCACAUAGCCUCAGACCUGCAAUUGCGACCUUUACGCCUCACAACGACUCACUGGCCAAGGGACUCCAGUACGUCACCGAGGCAACGGUCGAGUACGAGGAGUUUCAUGGUAGUCAAAACUCCAAGACUGCAGGAGCCAAGGAACCGACGGGCGCUACCAAGAGACCACCGACAUCCCGAGCCAAGGCUGUGCAAGCAGCGUAUGCUGACCAGAUGGCGUUCAGUGCUGAUCCCAGAAUUCAUACGAUGGAGGACGCAUUGUUGUCGGUUAAGGAGUUUCAGCAUCAGAUGGAGGCCGAGAAGCAGGCUUUGGAGCGGUUGACAAGUAUUAUCGCUGCAGGAGCAGCCCUACCGGUGGCGAGCAGUCUCGAGGAGUCGUAUGCACAUAUCCUACAGGGAGAAAUCAAACAUAUCCAGGCUCGACGGAAACAAGAGGCGAUUGCGACGGUGGGGAUGAAUCCGGAUUUGCAGGAAUUCCGGGCCAAGGUCUGGGAGGUUCACCACAACACGAGCGCGGUUCCUACAUCUGGCUUUGGGAACGGAGGUGAAGAUGAGGAUGAUGAAGAUAUGGAGAUUAUGGUGACGGGAGAUGGAAACAACCUGCAGAGUCUGAAGUGUCCGUUGACGACACAGUUCUUGGAGGAUCCUGUGACGAGUGCGGUGUGCAAGCACAGUUUCUCGAGCGCCGCUAUUCGUGCCUUAAUCAGGUCCCGUCCCCGCUCCGUCUGUCCCGUGCAUGGAUGCAAUCGUCCUAUUGCGUUGGAGAAUCUGCAGCCCAACAAGGCGUUAGCAAGAAAGGUUGCGCGACAGAUCAUGAUCCAGGACGAGAUAUCCCAGCGUCCCGAGGAAGAGUACGCUACCGUCGACUGA